ACAGGUUCAUUAACGCAAGAAGAAGAAUAGUGCAGCCCAUGAUCGACCAAUCCAACCGAGCAGUAAGUCAAGGAGCUCCCUACAACCCAGAUGGUCAACCCAUGGGAGGCUUCGUGAUGGACGGCCAGCAGCACAUGGGAAUCAGACCACCUGGGCCUAUGAGUGGGAUGGGAAUGAAUAUGGGCAUGGAGGGACAGUGGCACUACAUGUAACCUUCUAGUUAACCAAUCGCAAAGCAAUGGGGGAAGACUACAGAGCAUGCCAGGGGAUUACCUGUCACACAGUGGCCCGGUGGCGAUGGCAAUGGGGCAACCAGGCUACAGCGCUUCCCAGAUGCCCCACCACCCUGCUCAGUUGCGGCACGGCCCUCCUAUGCGUUCAUACAUCCCUGGACACCUCCAUCACCCGGCGAUGUUAAUGCACGGAGGACCGCCUCACCCUGCCAUGCCCAUGUCAGCCUCAAGCCCCCCAAUGUUCAAUCCAGGAGAUCCAACAAUGGGAGGACAAUACAUGGACAUACAUGCCCAGUAAUUUACUAAAACGGAUUCUUUAAAUGACUGCAAUGGACAGACGAGGAUGCUGCGAUUGGUUUUUUUGGGGGCUUCCAAAGCACCGAUUACAUACUGACUUUUUUUUUACAGAGACUAGGGAGCUUGCAUCUUGGCUAGAGUUUUGGACCAAGAAAGAAGCCAAUUUCUGUAAACUCUGAGACACUUUAAAAGGAGGUGCCCUUUGCAUAGACGCAAAAAGAGAAAGAAAAUUUGAAUUUAUUACUAUAUCAGCCUCUAAAGGGGAGGGAUGAGGACAUACUGUAUACUGUUGUAAAACUGCAUUGGACUUUCAUAAGAACUGGGAAAAAAAGUAUUGUAAAUGCUAUCGUAUUGUUCUGCAUAUUAUGUUGUUUCUAAUAGA